AUGUCGUCCGGCGAAGACGAGUUCAACGAAGGCGAGACGUCCUCGGGCGUUUUUCAAAGUUUGAAAAAACGAAGGAUACAACGGGCUUGUGACAUUUGUAGGAGGAAGAAAAGCGAUGGUGUGCAGAUGCCCGGAAAUCGGUGUUCCAAUUGUGUCGCUUACAGCUUUAAUUGCACCUAUAUUGAGGCCGCAAAAAAACGUGGGCCGCCCAAAGGUUAUGUCGAGAGUCUUGAAAAUCGGGUGGAGCGGUUGGACAAACUUCUUCGGCGGCUAUGUCCGGACGAGAAGUCUUACAAGGAAUUAAUGUCUACAUUAGACCACUGGGCGCCCGAUAAACCACCAGAAGACCCAAGUUCUAUUGUUGGAUUUCCAGUGAAUCCAAAAAAGCCGCCUCCAGGUGCCCCAACGCCUCUCGAGAGCGUCACAUCCGCCAUUCGUGGUGUUAACAGCACUCCUCAGACCCCUCAGGAAAUGGCACACGACGACGACGACGCAGGAUUGUUACUUAUUGACAAUUUCAAGCGAAUGAACCUGGCCCCAACAGAAUACCGCUUCUUUGGAAAGUCCAGUGGUGCAAUGCUCAUAAGUAAAGCUAUUGAGCUGAAGAAGGAGUACACCGGAAAGGAACCCGGUUUCUUGAAGUUCAGCUCAUUAAAACAGCAGAGAAAAGAUGAAUUUUGGACGUCGCGACCUUGGGAACACGGCAUGGAUACUGUUCCAGAAGUCGAGUACGAAUUUCCCGAACCCGAUCUCGCUGCCCAUGUCGUAGAUCUUUACUUUGAGCAUCUCGCCGGCCAAUUUUUGCAAGGAUCGUCAGCACCACAGUCAUGUUGGACGAUCGUCGGUAUUGGAAUACGGCUGGCACAAGAUGUCGGAGCUCAUCGGCGAAAGAUACCUGGUCAUUCAAUGACAACUCAGGACGAGUUGUGGACCAGAGCCUUCUGGGUUCUUGUGUGUAUGGAUAGAAUGGUCAGUUCCUCUCUAGGUCGACCAUGUGCUAUUCAGGACGAAGAUUUCGAUUUAGAUUUACCUAUUGAUUGUGAUGAUGAAUACUGGGAAAACGAAGAUCCUCUCCAAAGGUUUAAACAACCUCCUGGUAAACCAUCUCUUGUCAGCGCGUUCAUAAUGUACCUUAAACUUCAUCAAAUUCUGGCGUUCUCGCUGCGGACCAUUUAUUCAAUCAAUAAAUCGAAAAUUUUGCUGGGAUUCGUAGGUCAACAAUGGGAACAACACAUUGUUGCAGAGCUGGAUUCCGCGCUGAACAAAUGGGUAGACAGCGUUCCUGAUCACUUGCGAUGGGACCCCAAUCGUGAAGACGAACGCUUUUUUAACCAAUCCGUCACAUUGUAUGCCGCAUAUUACCACAUCCAAAUUCUCAUCCAUCGCCCCUUCAUCCCAUCGCCCAGCAAGCCCUCUCCGCUAUCUUUUCCAUCUCUCGCUAUAUGUACAAAUGCCGCUCGAUCAUGCAGCCACGUGGUUUUUAUACAGAAGAAGCGAAAUCCGUUGACGAUACCCCAGAUACAAAUGUCCGUUUUUACCUCUGGCGUCGUUCUACUCUUGAGUAUAUGGGGUGGCAAAAGAUCUGGACUUUCAACGGAUCCGAAUAAGGAGAUGGAGGACGUCCACAAAUGCAUGGAGGUUUUGAGGAAUUCGGAAGACCGUUGGCAUUCGGCAGGGCGACUUUGGGAUAUCCUCUACGAACUCGCAUCAGUGGGCGAUUUGCCUCUCCCUCAACAUAGCCCAUCCAGUAACAACAAACGAGAGAGAGAUUCCGACGAUCCAAUAGGGGCCUCUGACAGCCAGCAAAGCGACUCGGACAACUCUGGUGAACCCAUCGCGUUUGGGACCGAUGAAUUCAUCAUCUCUAGCCUACCCUUCGGAAACAACAACAGCAGCAGCAAUCGUAACAUUGCCGGAUCGCGAAGAGUAGAAUCGUCAAUACGCUCUGCACAAGCUUUGCAGUCCGAAAUGCACCAACAAGGUUUUACCCCUAGCUCAUCGCCUACCCAUCAACGUUCUCUGGCUCAUAGAUCGUCUCAAUCGCGCAUGCAACUCCAACAUGAGAGGUCUUUGGUAUCAUCGAUCAACCAAAACCAAGUUCAAUCUCGUUCUCCGGUGGAAUUUGCACUGCCGUUAUACAGCAAUGAACUUGGGCGCAUUCCUCUGCACGGCCAAGUUACCUUCUCGGAUCAGGUUACAACGCACCCUCCUCUGACUCAGCAACCUCAGCAACACCAUACAAACUACUGGUAUGGAGACUCCACAGGUGGUGGUAAUAGCAAUAGCGCAUCUUUGCUGUCAGGAAAUAUUAGUGGUAGCUCCUCAACGCUCGCGAUGCCCUAUAGGCCUGUUGGAGAAAUGAGUACGAUGACUCAAGAUUUUGGGAUGGAUGCCACGUCGAUGGCUGCAGGAACGAUGUUUGAUACCAUGUCGGGUGCCUUGGCGUUUUCUCAUCAGGCUCAAUUCGGGAUGGGGUCUGGCAGUUCUUCGAACACGAUUUCACCUGCGGCGUCUGCACAGUCUUUGAGAUCAUCUAUAGGGAAUGAUAUUGGAACGCAAGGAGCACUUGGAUCGAUGAAUCCUCACAAUCUUUUAUCACAACACUACCCACAGCAGCAUACAGGCAACGUUGGAGUCGCGCAGCCAGACCCAGCUUCGUAUCAAUUUGUCGACAGCGAUAUCAUGGCGAUGUGGUCAAAUGCACCAAGCGGGUUCGAGUAA